AGUGACAUCUAUGUCAUCUCGUCAAAACAGUACUGUGGUGAGUGGGCGUCCUCAUUAGAGUGAUGUGCAGUUGAUCAAUCUGAAUGUAAUAUGAGUCAACAGGAUGUGUUCAAAUAUCUGCUCUUUAUUUGCUUCCACAGCAGCACUGAUGGAGGGAAGAGGUGGAGCCACUCAACCACAUCCUCUUCAGCCCAACCUCUCACCUCAUCCCACUGUUGGCAUGGUGAUCAAACUGUCAUUUCCGCAUGUCACUUCAAAAAGUUUCAGCAAGGGGAGAGAAGUAUCCCAGAAGGCACCACUGCGCAAACGAAGAAAUCACAGUGCAUCAGGAAGAGACAACGUGAUGAGUUCUGAACAUCAGAAGUCACAAUGGAGAUGACUUUACUGUCCAUCACAGUGUGGUUCACUCACUUCCUCAUCGCCUCAGCUCUAUAUUUCAACACACUGCCAACAAACACCAUGAGUGACUACACUGAAACCACCCAAAUAACUCCAGCAACAACAAAAACAAGCCAAGAACCCAAGAUCCUAAUAAAUGCAACACCUUUCUCGCCUCUGACCACAAAAACACAGGAAAGCACAACAAAUUUGCCCAGUGAAGUGCAUACACAGCCAAAUACAACCCCAAAUGUGGCGUCCACACAGGAAACAACAUCCCUGCAUCAAUACAACAGCAGUACUCCAUCUCAGAAUGGCAUGAUGGAUGAUGGCAUAGGCGUUAGCAAUGCUAGCAGUGUUGCAAUGAGUCACACAAAUACAAAUCAUACAACAGUUUCCACUAACUUUGCAAGAGUGACGCCUCAAAAUAAUGAAACAGUAACAAUGUCAAGUGCGAGUUACACUGAUGACGGACGAACAGUUCAGACUGUAGACACCUUAUCAGACCUGCUCAGUAGUGUCUCAACAGUUCCCUGGAAAGACAGGACAGAGAAAGAGGAUGAUAGAACAAAAGCAGAUGAAGGAAAUUAUGAAACGAACUCCACCCAGGCCACAUUUGCUAAUACGAAUGAGUCGAGAGGAACACUGAGCACUGAGGGAAGUUACAGCUUCACAAGUGAACACAGAGAGGAACCUUACGACACAGCAGCAAAUACAAUUGGUGUAAGUGCUGCAACGGCAACAGCGAGAAAUGAUUGGUCAACAUCACAAAGCACAGACAUUCCCAUGAUCACACCAGCUUACACAACAGCACGAGACCCAACGGUUACAGAUGGACCUGAAUAUCACACCUCGAUAGGUGGUGUAAAUCACUCAACGACACAGCAGAAUAUAAACAGAUUCACGAACUCUACUGCACACACAGGAAGAGAAAACAUUACAGGAACAGACACACCCGGUGGUACCACCACCUAUAACAACAACUCUACCAUAACUGAUGUCCUAACCGAUGCCACAAACAAAACUGACACAGAAAGCAAAGCUUGGUCUAAAUGUUUGAACCCAAACCCCAAAUCUCGUCAAUCCACACUGAUGUGCUUCAUCACAGUGUGGACUUUAGCAAUGAUUGCUACCAUAUUCCUAGGAAUAACCAUCUUCCUGUGGGUGCGUCUGUCUGUCUUUAAAAAGAAGAGGAAGCGGAGGGAGAAGGGAGGUCAGACGUGCGAGAAAGAGAGCCUUUGGGCCGACCCCAAAGCAUCGGUGCAGGAGAGAGUGGAGUUCUGGUAUGUCAAUGGAUCCACAAUGGAGGCCGACAGAAAGCAGAAAGACAGAAAGAGGCAGGAGAGGAUGAAGAGAAGAGGACAGGAACAGGAUAGGAAGGAGAAUGGGCUGUGGAUUCAGCCUAAAGUGACUGUGGAUGACAUAACAGAGUUCUGGUACGCAAACAGGCGCGUAAAGGAGGAGAGGAUGCCGGACACCGACACAUAGUUAUCAACUUUGAAAGACACCACAGGAAACAGUUUGGACAGAUGUACCUUCAGGCUUCUGCCAAAAACACAAGGAGAUUUUGAUGGAAACUUUAUUUGAACAAGUAAACAAGACGUUACGUUUGUGAUCAAACAUGGAUCUUAUUUGUGCUCAGCUGAACACAGUAAAAAAAAAAAAAUCCAACUUCCAUUUUGUCAGGCAACUACAAAUAUAGAACAAGAACUUACGAGAUAUUGGAAUUGUCGUAUGAGUUUCCUAUUCAGAAAUUGGACAUGAACAGCCUUCUAAAGUCGCAUUUAUUACAGGGAAAUUUGAAGUUUCCGAGUUGGGUGACCCAUAAAAAAGCCAAAAGUGAGAACUGUAUAUGACUGUUAAUUUUUA